AUGACGAUGAGAGGGUGGUUUGCCGUCGUUUUGCACCUACUAUGCACCGUAAUUUCGGUGAGAUCGGAUUCAUCAGAUCACAAAUACACAGUCGGAGAUGAAACGUAUCGCUACUUUGAUCUUCCUUUCUGUUCCCCAGCUCAUAUGAAAGAGAAGAAGGAAGCUCUUGGGGAAGUGUUGAAUGGGGAUCGCCUUGUUAGUGCCCCAUAUAAACUUGACUUUUUGCAAGAUAAAGACUCUCAAAUUGUUUGCAAGAAGACAUUAUCCAAGAAAGAAGUUGUGCAAUUCAGAAAAGCUAUCAUAAAAGACUAUUAUUUACAAAUGUACUAUGAUGAUUUGCCCAUCUGGGGUUUCUUACGGAAAGUUGAGAAGGAAGGAAAAUCUGAUCCCAAUGAGUAUAAAUAUUAUCUAUUCAAACAUCUCCAUUUUGAGAUCUUUUACAAUUUGGAUCGUGUGAUUGAGAUUAAUGCACGAACUGACCCUAAUGCCCAUGUAGACCUCACUGAGGAUAAGGAAAAUGACUUUGUCAAGUAUGCGCAUGAUGAGGAGACAGCUGAUGAUCAAGAAGAAACUGGUUGGAAAUACAUUCAUGGUGAUGUGUUCAGGUACCCGAAGUACAAAUCUUUUUUUGCUGCAGCCCUUGGUUCUGGCACCCAGUUGUUUACUCUCACGGUAUUUAUUUUUAUCCUUGCACUGGUUGGUGUAUUUUAUCCAUACAACCACGGAGCUCUAUUCACUGCACUUGUUGUCAUUUAUGCACUUACAUCUGGAAUUGCUGGCUUUACUGCAUCCGCUUUCUAUUGCCAACUAGAAGGAACAAACUGGGUUCGGAAUUUAUUGUUGACUGGAAGUCUAUUUUGCGGGCCGCUAUUUCUUACAUUCUGCUUCCUUAACACUGUUGCCAUUUCUUACAGUGCCACUGCAGCACUGCCAUUCGGUACAAUUGUUGUCAUCUUUCUUAUUUGGGCUCUCGUAACAUCUCCUUUGCUAGUCUUGGGCGGGAUAGCAGGAAAGAAUAGCAAGUCUGAGUUUCAAGCUCCAUGCCGCACCACAAAAUAUCCCAGAGAGAUUCCACAGCUACCUUGGUACCGUGGAACUCUGCCUCAGAUGGCAAUGGCUGGAUUCUUGCCUUUUAGUGCCAUUUAUAUUGAACUUUACUACAUAUUUGCCAGUCUUGCUGCUGAAGACCAUGAAUGGUGGUGGAGGUCCUUCCUUUGUGGUGGAUCUACUGGGCUGUUCAUCUAUAGCUACUGCUUGUAUUAUUACUAUGCACGGUCAGAUAUGACGGGCUUCAUGCAAACAUCAUUCUUCUUUGGAUACAUGGCGUGCAUUUGCUACGGUUUCUUCCUCGUGCUGGGGACUGUUGGUUUCCGUGCUGCACUCUCUUUUGUUCGUCAUAUAUACCACUCAAUUAAGUGUGAGUAG